AUGUUAGCUGAAUCAAUUGAAGAUUUCGGAGCAAAAAUGAUUGAGAUAAAGGCAAAACCUGUUCAAGAGGCAGCCUCUUCGAUGAGCAAUAAAUGCGCACGACGUUGGGGUUACGUUAGCUCUGCCUGGCUGCUGAAACAAAAUAACACCGGAGCGGAAGUUUUGAUCACACUCGGAAGUUGUCCACUGACCAGAAAGCGUAAGGAUUUUCACAUGAAAGAGAAAUUUGAAAUUGUACCGGAAAAUCUUUGA